AAAAAUGGCGAAAGCACUCAAACACGAACACGACACGAGCAUCAUUGAAAUUUCUCAGAUCUGUUUGUGAUUCUGCUAUUUCGGCAUAGUGUUAGUAUAAAUGUUUGAUUAUAAUAAUAUUGACUGAAUACUCAACUUUAAUUUUGUAAAUGAAUAUUACAAAAUGAUAGUUAUUUAUAAGUUUUCAAACUAGCUGUUUACAUUGUUUUGGAAAUUCAUUCUUCGUAAUGGCUGAAAGUGGGGGUCUACAGCUUUCGAAAGCUCUAAACAAUGAAGAAAUAGAGAAGAUUGAUUUAAAUAUUCGGGAUAAGUUGGAAAAAUUCUUGAACGAAACCUUGGAUGAUUAUCUAACUGCUAAAGCAGUUUACGAAACUUCCAAAGUUCACAGUGAUGAAAAAAUAACAAGCUUGAGUAAUGAACUUGUUGAAACAAAAACCGCAAGGAAUUCUCUUCAGAAUGAAUUGGAACGUGCCCAAGAUGAAUUAAAAGAACUUAGAGCAAAUUAUUGUGCUGCUAAAGAGGAAUUGGCAAAGUUAAAUGAAAAAGUAAAGAGACUGGACGAGGAGAGCGUGAAGCUGCGACAUGAGCGCAACGUGGCAGUGGACGAGCGUGUGGACGCCGUGCAGAUGGUGGGGCGUCGCGACGCUCAGCUGCAGCGGCUCCAGGAGGACGUGGCCACGCUCACCAAGCAGCUCGACGCCGCCAUCUUGGCCAAGUGUCAGGCCAUCGCACAGCUCGACAACCUGGACGCUCUCAAGAUGGAGCUCGACUACAAAGAGAAGCGUCUGACCAAAGAGAAAACUCUUCUUCUGGAACAAAUUCAAGGACUGAGUGUUGAUGUUGCAAAACAUAAUACGGAAAUGGUCAAUUUGAGACGAGAACAUACUGCCAACGUUCUCCUUCUCCAAAGCCAACUGUCUGAGAAAACUGAAGAGUUACAACAAUCUCAAUCUAGCUGCGCGCGUUUGAAAGAAGUUAAUCAAGGAUUGACUAAAAGAAUAGAAAAUUUGACUGAAAAUCUGGUUGCUCAAUGUGAAAAAGAAACAAAAGCUAAUGUAAGUUACAGUGAAGAAAUCAAGGCGCAGACAAGGAUAGCAGAUUUGUACAAAGGUUUGAGUGAGGAAGCAGCUAGUAAGAAUGCUGAAUUGAUGCUGGGAGUGAAAGAGUUGCAAGAUAUGUUGAAAGAUGCCAGUCAACAGUUUGGAGAACUGGAGACCAGUAAGAAUCAGGAGAUAGAAGAGUUGAAAGUGACUGUGGCUAAUAAAAAUGAGUGUAUCGCUCAGUUGAAAAAAGAACUAGUUCAUGCUAAUGAUCUAGUGAAAGUUGCUAAAGAAGAAUCGAUAGAUUCAGUUUUGGAGAACUUGGCGCCUUCGGCAGCCGCGGCGAGUCGCCUUAUCAAGUCGGGCAUGACCCUGACUCAGAUCUACUGCCAGUAUGCCACCGUCUCCGAAGAACUCAUUCUCGAAAAAGCCAACUCGAAGAAACUCAACCUCUAUAUCAAUACUAUUUUGAAGGAACUGGAUGAAAAAGCACCUAUAUUGAAGAAGCAGAGAGAAGACUACGACUAUGCAAUGAAUACAGUUGAAACCAUGACUAUUAGAAUUGAUGAAAUGGAAAACGAAAUUGCAAAACUCAGACAUCGAGCUCACGAAGCUGAAAAGACUGCCAACCAUCAUACACGUGAAAACAAACGGCUCAGCGACACUAUUUCCGACCUUUCCAGACAGGUCUGCUUCCUGCUGAAGGAGGUUGAAGAAUCUAGAGGAACAGUUGUCCCAAUGCUUGAUUCUCCACAACGAUUGAAGGCAGACAUGAAUACUUCCUUGGAUGUGAUAUCAAAGCACCUUGUAACAUUCAGCGAUAUUCAAGAGCUGCAAACCACAAACCAGAAGCUGCUCGCUGUUAUAAGAGAACUGAGCAAUAAACAAGAGCAGGAUGAAAAAGAAAAAGAGAGUGCAAAGAUUGAAGAUCUUCAGAACAAAGUACGAUCGUUGGAAGAGCUCUACAAUGAGAUGAUGGACAAUGACAAGUAUACAAGAAAAGCUUUGGAUGUAGUGAAGGGUCAGCGUGAUACUUAUAAAUUACUCUUCCACCAGCAUGUACAAGGCAAAAACGUCAAGCUUCCUGAUGAUAUUGAAUCGGAGAAGAUGGAUGAGUCAAGUGAUGACGUAAUAGCAAGUCCAUCGCCUGUCAAACCCAAGCCAGCUCCCCAGUCCGAUUCCAAUAAUGAGGUGCAAAAGAAGUUGGAUGAGGCGAACACCAAUCUGCAAAACCUGAAGCAGGAAUUCGAGAGCUACCGGAAAGAACGCGCCACCAACGAGAAAAUGCUCAAUGAAGAACUGGACCGCUAUCGCACUGAUGUGCAGAAUAAGAUCAAGCAAAUCAGUGCACUGGUUUCUAGGGCUGAAUAUGCCGAGCAGAACUUCAAGACUCUGCAGUCGAAUGCGAACAUGUAUAAGAUGGAAGUGGCUUCCUUGCAAACUAAGAUCAAUAGUUAUACCUCUAUCACCGGCAAGCAGGAGCAGACUAUAACACAUCUCAAAGACGAAGCACUGAAUGCAAACAGUAAGCUGUGCAGAGCAGAAGUGAUGCUUGAGAACCUGAAGAAGGAGUACCAGCUGCUGAAAGAGUCAGAAGCGAGGCUGUCGAAGGAGAGAGAGAUUCUGAUGCGCGAGCAGCACGGCCAGCAGAUGUUGCUCUCCAAUCUGAACAUAAUCAAAGCCAGCAUGGAGCGCAUGGAAGUCGAAGGAAGGGUCAAACUAGAAUCUCGUCUCGAUGACGCCACUAAAGAAUGCUCUGCCUUGCGUCAAAGAUUGCAGGAUGAGCAGGACAGAUUCCGCGAGCGGGUGGAUCACCUGGAGAAGCAGACGGCGCUGGCCAAACAGCGGCAGGCGGAGGAGGAGGAGUUGGCUAAGGCCGUUCGACUCGAGUUGGAUGAAACGAAGCAGCAGCUGCAGGAGAAGCAACAGCAACUCGAACAGAUAAACAGCAAGAUGCGAGAAGUGAAGCAUACCAUUCUGCCUGAUCCCUCCACUGAAGAACGUGCCAGAACUCUUGAACAACAAUUAUUGCAGAAAGAGAACGAAAUCGCUGGUCUAAAAGAACAGUUGGCUCUGUCCAAGAAGAAUGUCUCACAGUAUGAUGAGCUGUCACACGUUACUGAGAAACAAUUGGCUGAAGUAACCGAAUCCUACAAUAAAUACAAGGAAGAAGCUACUGCUGAGUUCAACAAGUUGAACGCAAUAGAGGUGGAGCUGAAGAGUACAAUUAGCAAGUUGGAGGAAGAGGUGCGAGUGUUGACGUCAAAUAAGGAGGAGGCCGUUCAGCAGCUGAGAGAAGUGAUGAGUGUGCAGAACGAGCAGUUGGCCGGCGCGAGGACUGAGCUCGCCAAGACCAAGGAGACUCUCGACAAGGUCACGCAGCAGUUGAGAUCCGUGCAGGAGGUCAACACCUCCAAGGAGGCCAAGUAUGCCGAGGCUGUCGAGCACAAUUCUAGAAUGCAGCAGGAACUGACAAAUUUGAAGGCCGAACUAGACAUCCUGCGGGAGGAUAACAGCAAAAUAGAACGUGAGAAAAUGAAGGCUUUGGAGGCGUUGACAUCGGGAAAAACCAGUUGGGAAACGCAGGAGAGUUCACUGAAGAAGGAACUGGAGUCUAUGAACGAACGCUUCAAUAAUUUGAAUAAGGCUAAUGAUUUACUCCACGAACAGCUAGAAGCUCUGGGAACGAAAUUGAUUGUUUCCAAACCCCAGGGAUCUAGUGGCGGUGAAGCAGAAACGUCACUAACUGAAGACGAGAUUGAAUCGAAUGACAAGCUGAUUGAAGUGAUGAAGUACCUGCGUAACGAGAAGUGCCACGCCGUCAACCAACUCGAGACACUCAAAGACGAAAAUCUCAAUUUGAGAGCCAAGGCCGAGGUUCUCCAGCGCCAACUCGAUGACCUCAAUAAGACUCUAUCGGAAGAAUGCAGCAAUAAGAAUAUCGACAACAUGACAGUUGUCAAGCACAAUGAACUCUUGAAAAAGAUCGAAACUCUCAGCUCUGUAGAAGAAUCGAAUCAAUUGCUUCGCGAAGAAAAUAAGAAGUGGAUUCUUCAUAAGAAUAACUUGGAGAAGCAGCACGAACGAAUCCAGAACGACAUCAUCAAACCACUCCAGGAGAAGAACUCGACUCUUCAGACCCAAGUCGAUGAACUGUCUCUGGAAAUUUCUGCAUUGAAAAAUGAAAGUGCUCGGUGGAAGCAGCGUUCUGAGAACUUGCUCGAAAAAUCCAACAAGACUAGUCCUGAAGACAUAAAACGUAUGAUCGUUGAGAAAGAAGCCUUGCAAAAGUCAUUGCAAACUGAGAAGGAAGAGACGAGAGUACUUCGUCUGGAUAAGAAAUCACUGGAAGAUCAGUUGACAGUUGUAAAGCGACAGCAAAAUUUGCAAAACGAAGAAAUAUCGUCGUUGAAGAAUCAGAUGGCUCAGAUGAGCAAGGAAUUAGCAGAACAAAAGGAAGAAAUGAAGAAGAAGGAGGAAAGUGUGACGAAACUGCAGGCCGAUAUUGCCAACCAUGAAGCAGCUCUUGCAAAGGCCAAACUCAAUGAAGCCCAGAUAAGAAAUAUUGCCAAGAAAUACAAGCAACAAGUGUUUGAGCUGACGAAGAAGAUUGAUGAGAAGAAAGAGAGCGAAGGACAGGAAGUGAGCUUAGAGCGAGUGAGAGAGGAGAGUCGACGCGAAGCCGAAACUGCUCACGCCGAACGUCUCAGAGAAUUGACUGAUCAGGUGAGUACUACACAAGCUGAAGCCGAUGAACUGAGAAAAGAGAAUCACUCUUUGAAAGCAUCGAGCAAUGAGAAGGAAGAACGCGCCAAGGUGGUGCUGAAGAAUGCCAAAGCUCACAUCAUGCGUCUCAAAGAAGAAAAACAAGUUCUCAGUGACGAAUUGGUCGAUGUCAAAAGCAAGCUGGAUCACCUCGAUAGGAAUAAAGAUGACGCUUCCAGACGCUCUGAUAAUCAUUAUCACAGUGAGAAUGAACGUUUACAGAGAGAAGUGGAUCUUCUCACACAAAGACUGAGCGCUAUGCAACGGCAAUUGGAAAAGCAGCAGGGAUCAAAGCUGUCGACAAGCUCUGGUCUCGCUGAAAAGACCAAUACCGAUCCACCCACCGCCAACAUAAAGCCAAUGGCAGGUCCGUCAUCUUCUGGGACCAAGCAGCAGUCUAUUCAGCAUUCAGCUACUGUAACACCAUGGCGAAGUGUGCAGGAAACGCCAUUUGCCAGUAUUCGUCCAUUGUCCAUGCAAUCGUCUAGAACACUAGCUGUUCUUCCCACCACCAAUCAGAGCCAGCAGACAGGGGGGCAAGCAGUGCUGGUGCCGCCGCAGCAGCAGCUGGUGCACACGAGCAGUGGGGGCGGCGGGGGCGGCAGUGGCGGGGGCAGCAGUGAGGCCCUCUCCUCCUCGUCCCCCACCUCCUCGCACACCGACUACAUGCCCGCCACCAGCUCUGCCACCAUCCGUCAGGCCACAGUGCCGCCCACUGUUACUGCCGAGGUUGACGAGAGAAACGCAGAAACACAACAGCAAGGACAAUCGAGUCAAGUGACACAGGCUGUAUCAAUAGCACUUGUUUUGCCUCAAUUCACAGCUCAGACAUCCAAUAGUCAUACUACCCAAACUCAGGUUGUGAGCGCUGAGAACUCGUCGGCAGCGGUAUCGGCCUCCAAUCAGCAGGUGGAGCAGUCCCCGGUCUCCCCCUCGGCACCCUCUCCUUCCCCCUCCCCUUCCUCUCAUCCACCCCCCACCCCCGCACAGGCGUCCAGCAACAAUUUUGUGUCGGCCAGCAACGCAUGCAGUGCCAGUGCUACUCUCACCUACUAUCGACAAGACGUGGACGUGGAGUCGGCUGGCGAGUCGGAGCAGCAGGGCGUUGUGGCUAGCAGCCAACAGGGCGAACAGUCGGUGACAGUGGGGUCGAGUGGUGGGGGCGGAGGGGGCGGCAGCCAGCCUCCUGGCCCCAGCGACGCCCCCGAACACAGUCUGCAGUCCGAGCAGCAGGCCGUUGCUAGCAGUCGUCAAGAUGUUGGGGUGGACCAGUCGGUGGCGACGAGUGGGGGCGGUGGCAGUGGAGUGGUCGUGGGCGGCAGCAGUGGAGGGGCGGCAGGGAGCGGGGGCGGCAGCCAGGUGGCUUGCAGCAGUCAGGCGAGCAGCAGCAGCAGCAGCAACACAGUCACCACCACUCAGACCACUCAGGGCCUCAAGCGGCCGCUCAAGCAGGACGACUCACAGUCUCCCUCCAAGGGACCGCCUCAGAUGAAGAGGAAGCGAGUGGCGCUGACUGGCAGUGGCAGUGGGGAGCUGGUGUUUGCGCCGCGCGCCGACGGCCUCGAGGUGGAGUACCAGGUGCCCACCUCGUCGCAGCGGGACCAGGAGGACGACAUCAUCCUCGUCGACUCCUCCGACGAACCUGACGACGACGACGAUGAUGACAUGCCUGACGACGGAGACAUGGGUAUGACGUCACACGAGUUUGGUGAAGGUCCAGAUAUCGACGAGAACGAUCAAGACAAUAAUGAAGUGGAAAUUUUGGACGACAGCAACGAAGUGCCCAACCAGUCUGAGAACAGCAACAGUGCCGGCGUUGGUGGAGUGGGAGGUGGAGGCAGUGGUGGCGGGGGCAGCGGAGGCGGGGGCGCCAUGGAUGAGAGCGGAGGCGGCCACAUGUCGGAGGCGACCAGCAGUGGAGGAGGAGGUGUGUCGGCCUCCUCAGCCGGCGGCCAUUUUGCCAGCGCUCGCCGCCCCACCGCCAUUGCGCCGCUGCUCAACAGUCGCCAACAGCAGCAGCAGCAGUUGAUUCUGCCGGGAGGCAGCAGCUACGACGACACGGGUGACGACAGCAUAGUGCCGAGCACGCCGACGCUGUUUGUGCCGCGUCGCAGCGAUGGAUUCGGAGAGGCGGUCAGCUCCCCCCAUGUACUGCCAUCGCUCGCCGGCCGAUUCACAUUCAGUGACAACAGUUCGCCAUCGACACGGGCUGGAGUAGCCCAAGUAGCAUCAGAAGGAAUGGAUGACACACGAAUGGAUCUGAGCCAAUUGGAAGAUUCCGGAACCGGAAGAAGUGUCCCCACCACUCCUCUACAAGUUUCUCCACAAGCUCAGAGCGAGGUCGGACAAUCGAGCUCGGAAGACAUCACUGACGGCAACAACAUCGUCAUCACUGUCUCCAGUGUGCCCAGUAUUACCAUUUCACACGCAUCGCACGACAUGCCACCACCGUCAGAUGUGGAACUUGAAGAGCAGGCGGAAGCGGGCUUGAGUGGUGGCUCAGCAGACGCAGCCGAUGUGCCAGAGAUGGCCAGCCUUGAUUUGCCAGAAGAAGGAGCUGAUGGAGUGAGCUCAGAGGGCGAAAAAUCGCACGUGAUGGAUGAGAUGGAGGACGAGGGGCGGGAGGCGGAGGCCAGUCUGGGGGCGGGAGGCUCGGGCAGUGGUGGGCCGGGGGGGCCGAUGAUGCGCGGGGCGUCCACUGCGCGUCGCUCUAUGCGCAUGUCGUCUUCGGCCCGCUCCAGGGCGCGCCCCGCCAGGAUCACAUGGAAUGAGGAGAAUGCCCCUCAUUUCGCUUCCAGAGGUCAAAAUGUGUUCAGAGGCCGCGGCUUUCCACCGAUGCGAGGCCAACCUAUCCAGGAGAUGCAGCCCACCGGCUACAGAGGAAGGGCGCGACGGGGCAAACAACAAUACAAUUCAUUCCAACAGAGGUUUUAAUUUCAUUACGUUAACAAUAUACAUUAGCCUAUAUUUUCAGUCUUCUAUUUUCAGUAGAACAGUUUUGGCUAACCGGAAAAAAUCGACUGAUUUAUUCAAUGAAUUUACUCUGAAAACUCUCGAAACAAGAUUUUGACUAAUUUCAAUAAUAUAUUUUAGAAUGGAAAGUUUGUAUUUGUAGAAUUGUUUCAUUUGUACUACUGUUAUUAGAUUAAAAAUGUAUUUCUUAUUUUUAGAACUCGUGGCUUCUUUUUCCAGUCACGCCAAAAACUAUUGUAUUUUAAUAUUUAUUUUUAUUUGUAAAAAUAUUUCUUGCAUUUGGCAAUAAAUUCUUUAUUCAUAUUUAUCUGUAAGCUUUAAGCAUUAAGUUUCUAUUGUCAAGUUUUUCUAUAUGGCGCUUGGAAUUGGUAAUUAAUUUAUGUAAAUAAUUCAAUGAUCAUUUUGUGUUGAAAUAAACGUGAAGAAUUC